AUGGCUUCUCGACCUGCGGUUCGCCGCGAGCUCCGCAACGUGGAUUAUUCCGCCAUCGGUAAACUGGGAAGACGUACUGGAGUAACACUUGACCACCGACCACUCGACGCGAACGGCAUGGAGGAAAUCUCGGGCAUAUUCUCAUCCCCGCGCAAGCCCUCUCCGUUGAAGAAUGUGAUGCUUGUGGAGAGUGUGGAGGGACCCAGCUCCUUGGCCGAAUCACCGGAGGCGUCGAGCCCUACACCUCGUCAGGUUCAAUCGUCUCGCCGAAGGAGCCGCGCAACGCCCAUUCGCCCUGCCAGGUCCUCGUCGCCGAGAAAAAGCGGUAUUAGUGGUACCGCAAGGAAGAGCAAUGGUGUUGAUAUAUUCUCCACUGGAAAAAGCUUGCAGCAUGAAGAUAUUGGGGAUGGCGAAAACAUUCCAGAGUCCACACCAACUAGGACUCUGCCAGAUCUGCAAACGAGAAACCUCAGCCCGAGUUCGCAGAGGCCAGCACUUCGAGAUAUCACGACACCUCUUUCAUCCAAAAUUCCGAAAGGGAGAGCGAGUCUUUCAAUGCGACGAAUAGAAAACGAGGUGUACCCCUCGACGGAGGACGAUGACUUUGACCCCGACCGAAUAACUGAAGAAAUUAUGACAGGACUAAACGAUGCCAGUCUUGUGCCUUCUGCCGAGACAACUGAAUUCCCUUCAGCCCAUGCAGAAAGGCAAGCUUCAACGGGGGUUGAUGAUCCUGAUGUCGAAUUUGAUGGCGAAGAAGCGGACCAAGAUCAGGAGCCUGAACAACCCGUAUUUGAGGUGACCCAGAACCAAGCCAAUUCGAGAAAGAAACGAAAAUCGGAAGUUUUUGAAGACGAUGACAAUGCAUUAUCACCACUGCGAAUUGCCGCUCAAAAAGACACGACACCACUUAAUUCGAGAAAGAAACGGAAAUCGGAACUUUUGGAAGAGGAUGCGAGUGCAUUAUCACCGCUCCCGACUCCCACCCAAAAAGAUACCACGCCACUUCAUUCAAGUUCAAAUAACACGGGUCCCAAGGCAAAGAAGAAUCAACCUCUAAAAGAAAAGGAUAUAAAUCUGAAAUUGUCAUCGCAGCAGCAAAAAGAGCUUGAUGAGAUUAUCGAGAGGGUAAAAGCAAGGCCUGGUCCACCGAGAUCACUCUACAUUUUGCGCCGAGAAACCCCUACCGAUGAUAAUAUUAGCCGCACGAGAAGCGGCCGAGUCAGCGUAAAACCUUUGGCGUAUUGGCGGAAUGAACGAUGCAUUUAUGGUGCCAGCCCCCAUGGUGGGAGCUUAGCGGAGGGGGCCCGAUUUCCGUUGAAUAGCAUCAAGGAAAUUGUGCGGACCGAGGAGAUCGAGCCGAACAUUGGAAAGAAGAAAUCGAAGACUAAAAAGAAGCAUGGAAAGGUCAAGGCCAAGGGCAAGGCACAGCAGAAAUCAGUGGAAGAUUCAGACUCGUCAGAUUCAGAUUUUGGUAUGGAUGAGAUUCCUGAAGACCCAGACGCCGAACCAUGGGAAACCGGUAGCGGCACUCUCCGUGGCAAUGUCUCGAUUUGGGACAACGAAGAACAAGCGCCUACAGAACAGGAGGAGGAAGUUGAAAUUGCGCACGCGCCAGCUGCGAUCCAGACACGCGAGGCUGGAGGCUCGAAACAUGGUGGACCCACUUUCCGGUAUGCAAAGCUGCUGUCGACAAGUUUCUUCGGCACGGGGCUCGUGGAUUUGCCGCCUGGAGGAGUGAAACGACCAAAGAACAGUCGACAUAUGCACAUGAGUUUCUUUGUUGUGAAAGGGAGGGUCACUGUGACAGUGGGUCCCGAGGGUGGUGAGGAAACGGGAUGCACGACUCGGUUCAGCAUUGGGAAGGGAGGCUUUUGGCAGGUUCCCAGAGGCAAUCGAUAUUCGAUUGAGAACGAAAUGGAGAAGCCGGCAAGGAUAUUCUUCAGUCAAGGUCGUGAGCCUGGUCCGACCGAGUAA